UGUAGUUCGUCUUUAGUAUUUGUCGAGUUCAAUAUGGCGAGACUUCAACGUGGGUACUCAGAGCCCAGAGAAGAAAAAGAGUUAAGAGAGGAAAUGUCUGAUCAGAGCGAUGAUGAGGGACCGGAGGAAGUCACAUUUGAUGCGUCGAAAGCAGUCGCGUUAAAGAGCGUUAAAGACGCACGGGAUUCAGUGAAAAGGGAGAAAGAGUUACUGAAGGAGAAGAGGCGAAAAAGACAGUUACUUUUCCAAGAACAAAAGAAAAGCAGACUUUUACCAGAAGCUCUCUUAGAAGAAUUUGAAACAGUGGUCCAGAAACCACCAUCAUUGCCAGAUGAUCAAGCUGAGCAGCAGAAAGAGAAGAAAAUAAAAAUGAAGAAGUCAAAGAAAGUGUCCAAACGUUUGCAGGGUAACUGCAGGGUGAUGCGGGUGAAGGACGGGUCUGGCAAUACCUCCAUGCAGAAAUCAGCUAUGGAUUUCAUCCAAGCACGUCUGUAUGGCUCAGGAACCCAGAGAACAACCAAUGCUGAACUUCUCUCUCUGGAAAAGAAGCGUGGACUCCAUCAAGGAGCAGCAGUGCAAUUUACAAAUAAGGAGUGGGGAGCAGACCAGAAGGCCAAAGCAGAAAAGUGCAACAAGAGGUUUAUUCACAGACAGAAGCUAAUCUCCACCUGAGACGUUUUCAAGGACGUUUAGCGUGCCAGAGCAUGAUGAAGACGACCUGCUCAGAUUUCAGCUGUUUUAGCCAGUGCUGUUACACACUGCUGUACAGACUAAACUGCAAGUCACAGACACACUGCCUUGAAACACUGUUGUGUCGUCACUUUAGCAUCGAGUCCACAAUCCUGAAAAUUUGACUUUGGAGGAAAAAAAAGCAAAGAACAAAUUGCAUAUUAUUAUGUAAAUUUAACACAUGAUCUUCAAUAACAUCCCAGAUUUACUUUGUAACAAAAUUAAGCUGACUUAUUAUUAUUUACAGGAUUUCAUCAAAAUGUUGGGUCUUGGGGGGGAGCUCUCUUGACAUUUGUUUUUGGGUCAUUUUAGCUUGGGUUAGCUUGCGGGACUUACUGAUGUAUGGAAAAACCCGCGACUGAGUCAAAUGCAGGAGUGAGGCGCGGAAGUGGCAAUUUUUAAAAAAUAAAAUGCAUAUAAUUAAGAUAUGGUUGGGGACCCCUGGUUUAUGGCAUUGGGUAUCUCAUAGAUCUGAGCUGAAUUGACUCUGCACAGCUGCACCGUAUAGGGACAACAAAGUCUGCAAGUUUUUGUCAUCUGCAUUUGUCAUCGACUGUAGAUUUCUCAGAAAUUUGACAUAAAUGCUGAGCAAGAAAAGAAAUUAUGCGCUCUUGUUUCUUGUGAAACAUGAAUACUUAUUCAGCUGCCGAAUAACAAAAAUGCAGCAAACCGACCAUAGAAUUAGCCCCAAAAUUGCUAAACACAUCCUACACAUUUCAAUAUGAACAUAUUUAGUGUGUUUCAGGACAUACGAACUGUGUAAAUGGUCUUUACACUCUUUAUAACAAGUGCUGCAGUGGAGAUCAACUCAAAUCCUUUGUCUCUUAGGUGGAAUGAAAAUAGUUCUUUUAGUUACUGAAGAAGAAUAAAAAAGCCGUGAUGAAUAGUGUAAGACCACUGGAUUGAUUAGGUUAGAACAUCUGUGUCAGUCACAAUUUUAAUAUGCAGUCUCUAAUGGUAUUUACAGCAUGGGGUCAUUUCCAGUGGAGGUGUUACUGUAGUUACUGUGCAAUUACACAAUUAUCCACUACAGCUGAUGAGUCAUGCAUCCACAUUAAAAAUCGUCCACAACCAGCGACAUGCAGCAGGUUACUACAAGCACAACUACCGUCUGGAAUUGGAAGAACACAGUCCGUACACGCGUCUUGUCCACCUGGGUAUUUGUAUUUUAUUACUGAAAAUGAUAAGACAGUGCUGUUGACAAUACUGUAUCAUUCUCCUUGCUUUUGUAACGUAGUGAUGGUCAUAAGGGCUGGCUGGUGAAACACAGGAGAAAACCAGGAACAGGCUUUCCUCUUCUCAGCCAGGGCUUGUACAUAUCAAGCAGUUUAAAAUAAGAGUUCUGACAGGUUUUACAUUUUUAAUGUUUUUGUUACUUUGCACAAGUCCAAAACUUAGGGACGAUUGAUAAAUACAAGCCGAGGCGUAUUUCAGAGAGCUGCACUGUACAGAAACGUGAGAGUGGCGAGUGUCAGCCUGGAUGAGAACAGUUCGGAGACAGACUUGGGACAGCUGUAGACAUCCACACGGUUACAAGCCCGAGUGUCCAAAUGUUGCAUCAAACCUGCUGUGCAGACUUGGCAGAGGGAGGGCGCGCUUGCACAAAGAAGGGCUUAACUCAAAAUACAGCUCACACUAACUCUCUAUACUAAAUACCACCACUAAGGAGGAGUCCAACUUUGUUGGACUGCAUUUUUUUUUUUCUUCUUUAGAUAACUAAAAUAUUCCACUCUGCAUGUUAAUAUAGCUUUCAAAAAAAGGGGUGGAGGAGUGAGAGGGUUGUAACAAAUACACAAGCAGACACCUUAAAAACAGCAGGGUGUUAACUGUAGGGGGGGCCUUUGUACUCACAUUAGCCAGCUUUCAA